AUGCGUCUCAUAGCGUGUGGUAAUGGUGCCACUUCAAUGAUUUACGUUUAUUCGACGGCGACACUUCUCCGCGUUGCAAACAUUUCGAUGCCGGCUGAAGCACGAGAGGUUGUCUUUCUCAGAAAUGGCACGGUAAUGAUGGCUGCCAUUCGUGGCACAAGUACAAUUGCUUUUUAUAAUGUUACUUCACCCAUUUCAUACACAUUAACAUCCACUCUGUCAGCACCACAACUGCCCUACACUCUGUGUCGAAUGAACGAUACAUAUUUGUUGAUGGGAGGCGUGACUACAAGCUCCCCACUACAAACGCUAAGCUAUGAUACAACAUCGGGAAACUGGACGUGGGGCACCCUACCUGCGACAAUCGCCAAUGGAAGUAAUUAUAAUUUUCAAUCAACAAUCGAUCCUUGCGGUCGACUAUGGCUGAUAGUCAGAGGGUACGGUAUUCGCAUCUAUGAUUCAACCGGAACACAAUUAUUAUACAGCUGGCCAUUGUCUACAGGACUUAAUGGAAUUGUAGUACAUAACAAUUUUGAUGUGUAUGUCGCCGAUUAUACUAAUAAUCGAACCUACAGUUAUACACCCGGUAUUGUCCAAUGUACGUCCUGA